AUGGCCGCUGCCGCCGCGUCUGAUGCUGCGAGGUCGUCAAUGCCGCGGAUGGCGGGGGCGGCCGUCAUCCUGCUCGUCGCCGUUGGAGCGGCGACCGUACUGCACCUGGCCGCCGCCGCCGCAGUCGUCGUCCCGCCGCCGGACGACGCAGGCCAGCAUGGUGUUACAGUAAGCGUCAACCAACGCCAGGUAACUGUGGACAACGGCGUGGUGCAGGUGACGCUGUCAACGCCCCAGGGGCACAUCAUCAGCGUCCGCUACAACGGCGGGCAACAAAAUCUUCUCUACUACUACACCCGCGGGGGCAACACUGGAGGGUAUUGGGACGUGUUCUGGGACUACCCCGGGUCAGGUCGUCGGCCAGGAAUGAUCGACAUGUUGGACGGUUCAGAGUUGAGGGUAGUAUCCUCAAGCGAAGAGAAAGUGGAGCUUUCCUUCAGGAGUGACUACAAUCCAUCGCUCCCAAACAGCGUCAGGCUGAACAUCGACAAGAGGUUUGUGAUGCUGAGAGGCAGCUCCGGCUUCUACUGCUACGCCAUCUUGGAGCACGCCAGCGGCUACCCUGCUCUCAGCGUCGCCGAGGCCCGGAUCGCCUUCAAGCUCAACGCGGCCAUGUUCAGCUACAUGGCGAUCUCAGACGACAUACAGAGGUACAUGCCCAGCGAGGCAGACAGGGUCGCGCCACGUGGUGCUCCACUGGCCUACAAGGAGGCCGUCCUGCUGGUGGACCCCGUGGAGCCACAGUUCAGGGGGGAGGUGGACGACAAGUACCAGUACUCGCUGGACAACAGGGACAACGCCGUCCAUGGCUGGAUCAGCGGCGGCCGCACCGGCACCACCACCAGCCCGGCCGUGGGCUUCUGGGUCAUCACGCCCAGCAACGAGUUCAAGAGUGGCGGCCCCAUGAAGCGGGAGCUCACGUCCCACGUCGGACCCACCUCCAUGGCCGUGUUUCUCGGGAAGCAUUACACUGGGAACGACAUAAUGCUGAGCCUAGGCGACGGCGAGUACUGGAAGAAGGUGCUGGGCCCGGUGUUCAUCUACCUCAACUCCAAGUCCAACCCCGGAGGCGGCGGCGAGGGCGACCUCCGGGCUCUCUGGGACGACGCCAAGGCGCAGGCGCGAGCGGAAGCCGGCAAGUGGCCGUACAGCUUCCCAGAGUCGCCGGACUACGCCAAGGCGGGCGACAGGGGCACGGUCACCGGCACGCUCCUGGUCAGGGACGCGUUCGGGAGCAACGGCGGCGGCGGUGGCACUGACGUGCCUGCUGCAGCGGCGUUCGUCGGGCUCGCGGCGCCCGGCGGGCAGCCUGGCUCCUGGGCGACGCAGUGCAAGGGCUACCAGUUCUGGACGAGGGCGGCGGCCGACGGCCGGUUCAGCAUCGCCGGCGUCCGGGCCGGCACGCGCUACGGCCUCUACGCAUGGGUCCCCGGGUUCCUCGGAGACUACGCGCACGCCUCCACGGUGGCCGUGGCGCCAGGCGGCGCCGUGGACCUUGGCAGCCUCCUGUUCGCGCCGCCGCGGUCGGGCCCGACGCUGUGGGAGAUGGGCGUCCCGGACCGGACGGCGGCGGAGUUCUUCGUCCCCGACGCCGACCCCAGGUACGCCAGCAAGCUCUUCCUCGGCGAGCACAAGUACAGGCAGUACGGCCUGUGGGAGAGGUACGCCGAGCUGCAUCCUGCUGGAAGUGAUCUGGUUUUCACCGUUGGUCAGAGCGACUACUCCAAGAACUGGUUCUUCGCACAUGUCACAAGGAUGGUUGGCAACGUCAGUACGCCGACGACACGGCAGAUACGCUUCAGCCUCGACCAUGUCGUGGCAAACGGCACCUACACCCUGCGCAUUGCUCUUGCAGCUGCCCAGAUGUCCAGGCUCAUGGUGCGCGUGAACGGUAGGGCGAGCAGGGAAGCCGUGUUCAGGACGCCCGAGUUCGGCGACGGCAACGCCAUCGCGCGGCACGGCAUCCACGGCGGCGUGCAGUGGAUCUUCGAGUUCCCCAUCAGAGGCUACCUGCUGCGGGGAGGCGAGAACAGCAUCAGCAUCACACAGACAAUGGCGUUCGGGCCAUUCUUGGGGGUCAUGUACGACUACAUCAGGAUGGAAGGGCCACCGCCGGCAUGAUCUCGAUCACCGAUUUCACCGGCGACGGUGACUCUCACGGCGCCGCUGGCCGGUAAUUGUAAUACUAGCUACUACUGUGUAUGCGUAUUAUAACAGUCACAUCAUCCUAGCUACAGUAGAUGGUAAUGCUGUCCUUGAAAG